AUGUCUGUGCCGCCGAUCCAGUCCGGCUACCCCGUCGCGGGCACAGUCGUCGACGAUGAGUUAGGAGACCCUUUACCCAGAAAGUCCGAAAUCAAAGAGUUCAGCGAGGACUCGGGCCCGGAAGACGCGUACGCCGGUUAUGGCGAGAACCCCUUUGCGGACGAAGCUGUCGCCGAGCACUGGAGGCAGGUUUACCAGGAAUCGCAGUACGAAUGUCGCCACGUUUUCGACCCUACCCUGACGUGGUCGGAAGAAGAAGAAAAGGCUAUUAUUCGAAAACUUGAUUGGCGCGUCUGCCUUUGGGCUUGUGUAAUGUUCUUUGGCCUCCAAGUCGACCGGGGUAAUCUAGUCCAGGCUGUCUCGGACAACAUGUUGGAUGACCUCGGUCUAAACACCAAUGACUAUAACUACGGAAACACUGUGUUUUUGAUUUCUUUCCUCUUCGCAGAACUGCCCUCGCAACUCCUUUCCAAAAAGAUCGGACCGGACAGGUGGAUUCCCACACAAAUCUGUCUGUGGAGUAUCGUGGCUUCGUCUCAGUUCUUCAUUUCUGGGAAUGGAUCAUUUCUCCUCACAAGAGCUCUUCUAGGAGUCCUCGAGGGCGGUUUCAUACCUGACCUCGUCCUAUGGCUGAGCUACUUUUACACCUCUCGGGAACUGCCCAUUAGACUGAGUUACUUUUGGACAACCUUGUCUGUCACUACCAUCCUCACAUCUUUGUUAGCUUUUGCGCUGCUUCACAUGCGCGGUGUAUUGGGCUAUGCUGGCUGGCGUUGGCUCUUCCUUAUCGAGGGCCUCAUAACAUUGCUGGUUGGCAUUGCAUCCUUUUUCUUGAUGCCCGCCUCAGCUGUACAAACCAAGACCUGGUUUCGUCCCAACGGGUGGUUCAGCGAUCGUGAAGUGGCUAUCGUUGUAAACCGAGUGCUGAGAGAUGACCCUAGCAAAGGUGACAUGCACAACCGACAAGCCCUGACGCCUAGACGUCUGUGGCAAACAUUGAAGGACUAUGAUCUCUGGCCUCUCUACAUUCUUGGCCUGAUUAUCUUCAUCCCUCAAAGCCCUCCGUCUAAGUACUUGACUUUGAUCGUCAAGUCUCUCGGUUUCAGUACCUUCAAUACCAACCUGCUCACCAUUCCAUCGAGCGUAUUUCACAUCAUCACUUUGCUCGCGAUCACAAGAUUAUCAGAAUACUUCAAUGAAAGGACGCUGGUGGCUAUGAUACAAGCUGUGUGGACACUGCCCUGUGUCAUCGCCUUGGAGUGGUGGCCGGGCAUGAUUGAUAACAAAUGGGGAACAUUUGCGCUUGUCACUGUGCUGCUCAGUUAUCCUUACUGUCAUGCUAUACUUGUGGCCUGGACAUCGAAGAAUUCGAACAACGUGGGGACGAGGUCCGUUUCGGCAGCGCUAUACAACAUGUCGGUACAAUUAGGAAACAUAAUCGCCAAUUUCAUAUACCGCGACGACGACAAGCCGUACUAUCGCCGGGGAAAUCGCAACUUAUUCAUCAUCAACCUCUUGGCUAUUGUGCUGUUCUUGCUCACCAAGGCAUACUAUAUCUGGAGGAACAAGCAGAAAGAGCGGGUUUGGAAUGCGCUUAGCAAAGAGGAGCAGGAUCACUAUAUCAAGAACACGAGGCUGCAAGGGAGCAGAAGGUUGGACUUCAGGUUUGCUCAUUAG